CCAACAACAACAUCAGUGUUAACAACAGCAAACAAACACCUGGAGGGCGCCUUCAAUGGAGCAGCCCUCCACAAGCGCCGAGGCAGCCGCUGCCGCUGCAGCCGGCGGGCCGGAUCCACGUCUGGAGUUGAUGGGCUCGUUUGUCAUCAAAUCCCUUAAACUGAAGCCAGAGAAGUGGACGCGUGUCAUCACGGUGGAGGAGCACAAGGGCAUAAUUAAAGAGUUUCUGGAUCGAAAUACACCUGUGGUGUUAAUUAUCAUAUUGACGCCCGCUGCGCAGCUGGUGCCCUCCACCACGUUUCCCCUUUCGCAGCUGAAGAGCAAAGGAGUUUACUUUAUCAAACGGUAUGCCAAGCCCAUACCACGUGAGAAUUGUGGCAAUUUCAUCAUCUUUGGCGACCUGGCCACGCGCACAAUUGACCAGCUGUCCGCUCUGGUCGAGGAGGUGCUGGUGCCGUUGCUCUCCAAUGAGGAUAACUACAGAAGCUGGCCCAUCAUGGUCGCGCAGGAUGUGCAGAAGCAUGUGCACAGCUUAAAGAGCACCGUGCAUCAGGUCAAGGGUCAGGUGAGCGGUGAAACCAUACUGGCCAUGCCCGUGGGCGUUGAGAAAAUAGUCAAAGCCGCCAAGGAGCUGACCGAAACGCAGCAUUGCCAAUUCGAUUUGUAUCUGAAGAGUGCCAUCGAGGGCGUGGUCAUCAAGUGGGCGACUCAGAUACACGAAGUCAUCAAGGAGAGUCCAACGAACGCUUUUGUCAAUGGCCAGAAUCCCACACCACACACAGAAUUUACAUUUUGGAACAAUCGACUUAAGAAUCUAUCCUUUAUCUAUGACCAAUUGCGCAAUGAGCGCAUACGAGCCAUGGCCUUAAUAUUGGAAUACUCGUCGAGUGCUUACCAUCCGUGCUUUCAGACGCUCUUCAAAAACGUUGUCACGGCACUUGCCGAGGCAAAGGAUAUAACGCUCUAUUUGAACCCAUUGAAACGUCCACUGCAUCAACUGGAGGAAAUAGAUUUUGCCGAAUUCAAGCCACUACUAAUACCUUUCAUGCACACCGUCUGCACGCUUUGGGGCAACUCACGCUAUUAUUGUCAGUCUGCGAAAAUAACUGUACUUUUGCAGGAAAUAUGCAAUUUGAUUAUACAUCAGGCUAAGCGUUAUUUGGAUCCCUCGUCUAUAUUUCACAGUGACAUAGACGAGGCCAUGCAGCGGCUGACACUCUCUAUACAGAUAUUAAAGUUCUUUCGGGAACUCUUUGACUAUUACAAGGAGCGCUUGGCUGCCUUCUUUACGGAGCCUGAGGAGCGUCCACCGAUUUUGUGGACUUUUCAUCCAAAUUCAGUUUUCAAGCGCUUUAAUGCGUUCCUCGAGCGUUUGACAACAAUUCAGUGGUUCUUCUUUACUGUGAUUGAAUUCCUGAAAUUAGAGAAAGUCGAAAUCGGUGGACUGCGGGGCCGCCAGCUAAGCACCAGGAUAACCGAUGUCUAUGUGGAGUUCAAUCAAUACUUUACGGCAUUCGCAUCGAAGAGCUAUGACGUGCUUGAUCCCGAUGACCAUGAGUUCGAUGAGGACUUUAAGGGCUUCCAAACGCGCAUUCUGGAGCUAGACAUGAAGCUGGCCGCCAUCCUCUGUCAGGCAUUCGAUGAUUGUCAUAAUCUAGAGAGUAUAUUUAAGCUUAUAAGCAUCGUGGGUAGCGUGUUAGAUCGUCCAAAAAUCAAAGAGGAAUUCACACAGCGCUAUGCGGAAAUAGUUCGCAUGCUCGACGAUGAGAUGACAGUCUGUGAGAAUAUUUAUGACAAGCAAAUGGAGCUAAACCGAGUAGGUGAUACGCUAUACCCGAACUACAAUUGUCCUUCGGUGGCGGCCUUCAUACGCUGGUGCUAUCAGCUGGAAUCCCGCAUUACUGCCCCCGUCAAGAGCUUCAAGGCACUACAGCAUGACAUAACUAAAACCGAAAAAGCUCUGGAAAUUAUGGAACGUUAUGAGUGUUUAAUGGCCAAGUUGGGCACCUGUAAGAGACAGUUCUUUGAGGAUUGGUCCGUGCAGCUUGCUGCCCAAAUUGAGGAGGAUCUGAAAAAGUCGCUUAUUUCACGCGAUCAGCACAGUCACUCAUUGAUCCUCAACUUUAGCUCGACCCUGUUCUCCAUACUGCGCGAGGUGCACUACAUGCAGCAGAUGAAAAUUGAUGGCAUACCGGAGAUUGCGAUUGAGUUUGCAGAGAAGAGUGAUGUCUUUCGCUCGUAUACACUGAAUCUUGAGAAGACCAUCGAUUGGUACAACAGCAUACAGGAGGGCAGCUCACCAGUGGAGCUCAAGCUGAUUGAGCCCGAGAUUAAGAUGAUUGAUGAUCUGGUUGAAAUUGGUGUGGAUCAGCUCGUAUGGAAUUCAGCAGAUAUCAUGAGUUAUCUGGAGAAGUUACGUCAGCCGGUGGCUGCCCUGCGUAAUCGCAUGAAUCACACCCAAGAGAAUCUACGUCAAAUACGGAAAAUUAUGGAGGUUUGGGCCAAACAACCGCUGUUCGAGCGUCGCGAUUGCAAAAAGGAUUCGGUACUCUCCAUUGAUGAGCGACCAGAUCGAACUGCCAAGCGCUAUGCGGAGAUCCAGGCGGCCUCUGUAGAGAUACAUAAACUACUCCAGGAUAAUAUGCUACAGUUCGACAUGGCGGAUAAGCAAAACGAUCCUGUCUGGCUAAGCUAUGUGGAUUUUGUGGAUAAUAUUGUGUACGAGAACAUUCUGCGCACAGUGGGCGUAAGUGUGGGCUAUCUGGCAGAGAAUAUGGACCCAGAUAACAACUAUGCACCGCUAUUUGAGUCGCGCCUGGAGCUGGUGGAGCCCAACUUGGUGUUCGUGCCCUCGUUAGAUCCCGAGGAUCCCAUGGGCUUCAAUAAUAUGCUUAUCGAACUCAUGCGCGACAUUAUGAAAAUGGGUUCGCUCAUUAAGCGGCUCAAGCCCAAUGAGAAACGCAAUUAUGUGGAGCUGAUUAAGGAGAAUCAGGAUAUUAUUGAUAUGCGACGGGAGAUACUCAAUGGCGUCGACUUGGUCAUGGAGGAGGCGUCGCGCUUCUGCCGUCAAUUCGAGCGCUAUUCGUACCUGUGGCUGGAUGACCGUGAGGAGUGCAUGGAAUACUUUUUGGAGUAUGGCCGGAUGUUGGAUCCAGACGAGAUCGAGCUGCUGCAAAUGAAUGAUCCAGCUGCACCGCCGCCCCCACAGCCGUGUCAGCCCACGAUUGAAGCUUUUCGAGAGCAGAUAGACAACUAUGAGUCGCUGUUCACCGAAAUUGAGGAUAUUCCCGCAUUUCAGGUGUUCAGCUCCUGGUUUCAAGUGGAUGUGCGACCCUUUCGACAGGCGCUGCUCAACACUGUCUGCAAGUGGGGCAACAUGUUCAAGAUGCACCUGGUGAACACUGUGACGUCCAGUCUGAUGGAUCUCAGUCACUUUAUACGCAAGGCCGACGAGGGCUUGCUGCAGACGGUGAAAGAGAAGGACUACGAGGGCCUGGUCAGCAUCAUGGCCUAUCUCAUGCAGGUGAAGGAGCGUGCGGCCAAUACGGAUGAAAUGUUCGAGCCCAUGCAGGAGACAAUCCAGCUGCUGAAAUACUACGACAUGGACAUACCCGAGGAGGUGAAUGUGCUGCUGCAGGAAUUGCCGGAGCAGUGGGCAAACACCAAGAAGAUAGCCACAACGGUGAAGCAACAGGUGUCGCCACUCCAGGCCACCGAGGUGGUUAGCAUACGGAAUAAGAUAACGCUCUUCGAGGCGCACAUCCAGCUCUUCCGUGAGGUGUUCAAGCAGUACGACUUCUUUCGCUUCGAUUGUAAAAAUCCCUAUUUACUAAUGGACCGGAUCAACGAUGAUAUGUAUCUCUGCGAGCGCGAAAUGGGCGAGAUACAAAAGUCGGGCAGUCUCUUUGAAGUGAAUAUUCCGGAGUUUAAGGUGCUCAAGCAAUGUCGUAAGGAACUGCGCAUGCUCAAGCAACUCUGGGAUUACGUGAAUAUAGUGCAAACCAGCAUUGAGGAUUGGAAGACCACGCCCUGGCGCAAAGUCGACGUGGAGAACAUGGAUAUUGAGUGUAAAAAGUUUGCCAAGGAUAUACGCUUGUUGGACAAGGAGAUGCGUGUUUGGGAUACGUUCAUUAAUCUGGAGUCGACGGUUAAGAAUAUGCUGACGUCGCUUCGAGCUGUCGGAGAGUUGCAAAAUCCGGCCAUACGCGAACGUCACUGGAAUCAAUUGAUGAACUCCACUAAGAGUCUGGCAGCCUUGCCCAAGGAAGUGACCGUAAAAUUCAUAAUGGAUCACGAGACCACACUGGCCGAGCUUCUGGGCUUGAAUCUGCACGAAUGCGAGGAGGAGGUGAAAAAUAUUGUGGAUAAAGCGGUAAAGGAAAUGUCCAUGGAGAAGAUAUUGAGGGACUUGAACUCGACAUGGUCGGCCAUGGAGUUCGACAAUGAGCUGCAUCCGCGCACAGGGUGUAAACUCCUUAAGGCAUCGGAAGAACUCAUAGAGACGCUCGAGGAGAACCAGGUGUGCCUACAAAAUUUAAUAACAUCCAAGUACAUCGCCCAUUUCCUCGAGGAAGUUUCAGCUUGGCAAAAUAAAUUAAUGAUUGCCGAUCAAGUUAUAACCGUUUGGUUUGAGGUGCAACGCACUUGGACCCAUCUUGAGAGUAUCUUCAUGAGUUCGGAAGAUAUACGCAAACAGCUGCCGGUCGAUUCGGACCGUUUCGAUAAUAUCGAUGCCGAAUUUCGUAUACUCAUGGAUGAGAUGUCCGUCUCAUCGAAUGUGGUGGCAUCAACCAAUCGAGCUGGCCUGAUCGAACGUCUGGAGCAUUUGCAAAAGGAGCUAACGCUAUGCGAAAAGGCACUGGCAGAGUAUUUGGAAACAAAACGUUUGGCUUUUCCUCGUUUCUAUUUUGUAUCAUCGGCCGAUUUGCUCGAUGUCCUUAGCAAUGGCAUACAGCCCGAUAUGGUUACCAAGCAUCUCACAAAACUAUUCGAUUCGAUAGCACGCCUCAAAUUUAACCGCGAUGCGGCCAAUGAGAUAGAGUCAGCUUCUGGCAUGUAUGCCAAAGAUGGCGAAUAUGUGGAGUUCAACGAGUUGGCCAGCAUUCGUGGCCCGGUUGAAGUGUGGCUAAAUCGCAUACAAGCGGCAAUGCGCGCCUCACUGCGUCAUUAUGUUACGGAAGCUGUUGUCGCUUAUGAGGAAAAGCAACGUGAGCAAUGGUUAUUCGAUUAUCCUGCCCAGGUAUCGCUGUGCGGCUCACAGAUCUGGUGGUCCACUGAGGUGAACAUUGCGUUCAGCCGUUUGGAGGAGGGUUACGACAAUGCGAUCAAGGACUAUUAUAAGAAACAAAUCUCACAACUCAGUUUACUCAUUACACUUCUGCUCGGCGAGCUGACCAAGGGGGAUCGUCAGAAAAUCAUGACGAUAUGCACCAUUGAUGUGCACUCGAGAGAUGUGGUCGCUAAGAUGAUUCAGGCCAAAUUGGAUUCAGGCUCGGCUUUUAUGUGGCAAUCGCAGUUGCGGCAUCGUUUCGAUGAUGUGGAAAAGGAUUGCUUUGCCAAUAUUUGCGAUGCUGAGUUCCAGUAUUGUCACGAAUACUUAGGCAAUACACCACGCCUGGUCAUCACGCCGCUCACAGAUCGCUGUUACAUAACACUUACACAGAGCUUACACUUGGUGAUGGGCGGUGGGCCAGCUGGGCCGGCCGGCACGGGCAAAACGGAGACAACCAAGGAUCUGGGCCGGGCCAUCGGCAUCAUGGUCUAUGUAUUCAACUGUUCCGAGCAGAUGGAUUACCAAUCCUGUGGCAAUAUUUACAAGGGUCUUGCCCAGACGGGCGCCUGGGGCUGCUUCGAUGAGUUCAAUAGGAUUACGGUGGAAGUACUCUCCGUUGUGGCAGUCCAGGUGAAGUCCGUCCAGGAUGCCAUACGCGAUAAGAAGGAGAAGUUCAAUUUCAUGGGCGAGGUUAUCACGUGCGUGCCCACGGUGGGCAUAUUUAUUACAAUGAAUCCGGGCUAUGCCGGACGCACUGAGCUGCCGGAGAAUCUGAAGGCGUUGUUCCGUCCCUGCGCCAUGGUGGUACCGGACUUUGAACUUAUCUGUGAGAUCAUGCUGGUCGCCGAGGGAUUUCAGGAUGCACGUGUUCUAGCCCGCAAAUUCAUUACGCUCUAUACGCUUUGCAAGGAACUGCUCUCCAAGCAGGACCACUAUGACUGGGGCCUACGUGCCAUCAAGUCGGUGUUGGUAGUGGCUGGAUCGCUAAAGCGAGGCGAUCCUGGCCGGCCGGAGGAGGAGGUUUUAAUGCGCGCUUUGCGCGAUUUCAAUAUACCGAAAAUCGUAACAGAUGAUAUGCCAGUGUUCAUGGGUCUCAUCAGCGAUCUGUUUCCCGCUUUGGAUGUGCCCCGCAAACGUGAUCAGGACUUUGAACGCACCGUAAAACAAGCUGCCUCCGAUUUGCUACUACAACCGGAAGAUAAUUUUAUACUGAAAGUAGUGCAACUGGAGGAACUGUUGGAGGUACGUCAUUCUGUAUUCAUUGUUGGCAAUGCGGGCACCGGAAAAACCCAAGUGUGGAAGACGCUGCUGCGCACCUAUCAGAACAUCAAGCGGAAGCCCAUAUUCAAUGACUUGAAUCCAAAAGCGGUGACCAAUGAUGAACUUUUCGGCAUUAUCAACCCGGCGACGCGCGAAUGGAAGGACGGACUGUUCUCAGUUCUGAUGCGGGAUCAGGCAAACAUAACGGGUGAUCAACCCAAAUGGAUUGUGCUCGAUGGCGACAUCGAUCCCAUGUGGAUCGAGAGCUUAAAUACCGUUAUGGACGAUAACAAAGUGUUGACUUUGGCCAGCAAUGAGCGCAUUGCGUUGACACCUUCGAUGCGUUUGCUCUUUGAGAUCUCCAAUCUGAGAACAGCGACACCGGCAACUGUCUCCAGAGCUGGCAUAUUGUAUAUUAAUCCCCAGGACUUGGGUUGGAAUCCCUAUGUGACCAGUUGGGUUGAAACGCGCAAAAUUCCAGCCGAAAAGUCCAAUUUGGUCAUGUUAUUCGAUAAGUACAUACCGCCCUCAUUGGACACGAUACGCGUGCGUUUUAAAAAGAUCACGCCUGUCGCUGAAAUGGCCCACAUACAAAUGCUGUGCCAUCUGCUAAACUGUUUUCUAAUACCAGCUAACACACCGGCCGACUGUCCAAAAGAGUGGCACGAACUGUAUUUCGUUUUUGCCUGCAUUUGGGCAUUCGGCUCGGCCAUGUUUCAGGAUCAAGCCAUUGACUAUCGCGUGGAGUUCAGCAAAUGGUGGGUAAAUGAGUUCAAAACUGUUAAGUUUCCAUCGGGCGGAACGGUGUUUGAUUAUUUUCUGGAUAGCGAGACAAAGACUUUCCUGCCCUGGACCGAGAAGAUAACGAAAUUCGAGCUGGAUUCGGACUUGCCGUUGCAAGCUGUGCUCGUGCAUACCUCCGAGUCAAUACGUUUGCGUUAUUUUCUGGAUCUGUUGAUGGAUAAGAAGCACCCGGUGAUGCUAGUAGGCAAUGCCGGCUGCGGCAAGACCGUACUGGUCAAUGAGAAGCUUCAAUCGCUUUCUGAGAAUUACGCUGUCACCACAAUACCAUUCAAUUUUUAUACCACGUCCGAAAUGUUGCAAAAGAUACUCGAGAAGCCGCUGGAGAAGAAAGCGGGUCGCAACUACGGACCGCCUGGCAACAAGACCUUGAUCUACUUUGUUGACGACAUCAACAUGCCCGAGGUGGACUGCUACGGCACCGUGCAGCCGCACACGCUGAUGCGACAACAUCUCGACUACGGACACUGGUACGAUCGCAACAAGCUGACCCUCAAGGAUAUACACAACUGUCAGUAUGUGGCGUGCAUGAAUCCGACCUCGGGCAGCUUCACCAUCAAUCCCCGUUUGCAGCGGCACUUUUGCGUGCUAGCCGUUAGCUUUCCGGGCACGGACUCCAUCACGGUCAUGUACUCGGCGAUAUUGUCGCAGCACUUUGCGAAUGCCGAGCAAAAGUUCAUGCCGAUCGUGACGCGAAUGACGCCCAAUAUAGUGGCGGCCACAAUUGCCUUGCACAACAAGUGCCUGCAGGUCUUUCUGCCCACGGCUAUCAAAUCCCACUAUAUCUUCAAUCUUCGAGACAUCAGCAAUGUUUUUCAAGGUCUUUUAUUUAGCUCGACAGAUUGCUUGACGAGCUCCACAGAUCUUAUACGUUUGUGGCAACACGAGACACAGCGUGUGUACUCCGAUAAGCUAAUCGAUGAUAAGGACAUUGAUAGCUUUACGAAAAUGCAGCAUGACAUUGUCAAGAAGUCGUUCGAAGAAAUUGACGAAUCCGUUAUAUUCGACAAACCGAAUAUUUACUGUCAUUUCGCUGGAGGAAUUGGUGAUCCUAAGUACAUGCCCAUCAAGGGUUGGCCUGAGCUUCACAAACUCCUUCAGGAAGCAAUGUCAUCGUAUAAUGAUCUAGUCGCUGCCAUGAAUCUGGUGUUAUUCGAGGAUGCGAUGAUGCAUGUCUGCAGAAUCAAUCGCAUAUUAGAAUCGCCGCGUGGCAGCGCUUUAUUGGUUGGUGUUGGUGGCAGUGGAAAACAAUCUCUAGCGCGCUUGGCAGCAUUCAUAUCCAGCUUGGAGGUUGUGCAAAUACAGCUGAAGAAGGGCUACGGUGUCAAUGAUUUGAAGAACGAGUUUUCCGGCUUGUAUUUGAAAGCUGGCCUGAAAAAUGUUAGCAUUAUGUUUUUAAUGACGGACGCCCAGAUACCUAGCGAGGAUUUUCUUGUCUUAAUCAACGAUUUGUUAGCCACUGGCGAGAUUCCAGAUCUAUUUCCGGAUGACGAAAUCGAGAACAUAAUCGCUGGUGUGCGUAAUGAGGUCAAAGGUGCGGGACUGGUUGAUACACGUGAAAACUGCUGGAAAUUCUUCAUCGAUCGUGUGCGCAAGCAAUUGAAGAUAGUUCUGUGUUUUUCACCAGUGGGUUCAACAUUGCGUGUUCGGUCGAGAAAAUUCCCUGCCAUCAUCAAUGCAACAUCCAUCAAUUGGUUCCACGAAUGGCCUCAGGAGGCACUCAUCUCGGUCGCCAUGAACUUUCUGGCCCAAAACAAAGUGCUGCCAGAGACUCAUCGCGAUUCUGUGGCCAAGUUCAUGGCCUACGUACACACGUCGGUUAAUACGACGUCCAAGGUUUAUUUACAGAACGAACGUCGUUAUAAUUAUACCACACCCAAGAGUUAUCUUGAGCAGAUUAAUCUCUAUCUGAAGCUACUCAAUCACAAGCACGAGGACUUGCAGAGCAAAAUUGAGCGUCUGGAGAAUGGAUUGGAAAAGCUGCGCUCCACCGCUGUGCAGGUGGCGGAUCUCAAGGUCAAAUUGGCCGUGCAGGAGGUGGAGCUGAAGGAGAAGAAUGACGCAGCGGAUGCCUUGAUCGAAAUUGUGGGCAUUGAAACGGAAAAAGUUCAAACGGAAAAAGCGGUUGCCGACGAAGAGGAAAUGAAGGUCGCUUUGAUAGCCGACGAAGUGAGCAAAAAGCAGCGCGAUUGCGAGGAAGAUUUGCUCAAGGCUGAGCCCGCCCUCUUGGCCGCCCAAGAGGCACUCAACACGCUCAACAAGGCCAACCUGACAGAACUCAAGAGCUUUGGCUCUCCACCGGGUGCAGUGACGAAUGUGACCGCUGCCGUCAUGGUCCUGCUGGCACCUGGGGGCAAACUGCCCAAGGAUCGAUCCUGGAAAGCGGCCAAAAUUUCCAUGGCCAAGGUGGAUGCUUUUCUGGAUGCCCUGAUUAACUAUGACAAGGAGAAUAUACAUCCGGAAAUUAUUAAAGCCAUUCAACCUUAUCUCAAGGAUCCCGAAUUCGAACCUGAAUUCGUCCGCUCCAAAUCGGGUGCUGCGGCUGGACUCUGUGCCUGGGUCAUCAACAUUAUUAAAUUCUACGAAGUCUAUUGCGAUGUGGAGCCGAAGCGCAAGGCCUUGGCUGCUGCUAAUGCAGAGCUGGCAGCUGCACAGGACAAGUUGGCGGGCAUCAAGCGCAAAGUUGCGAGUCUUGAGGAGCAGCUGGCCAAGCUGACAGCGGACUUUGAAAAGGCGAUUGCGGAUAAGCUACGUUGUCAGCAGGAGGCGGAUGCCACACAGGCAACCAUUGCGCUGGCCAAUCGUCUGGUCGGCGGUCUGGCCAGCGAGAACGUGCGCUGGGCUGAAGCAGUCAAUAACUUCGUCAAGCAGGGCAUUACCUUACCCGGCGAUAUACUACUCAUUACCGCCUUCAUUUCCUAUGUCGGUUGCUUUACGAAGGGUUUUCGCAUUGAUCUCUUGCAAAAGAUGUGGACACCCUUUCUAAAGAGCAUUGAUCCCCCCAUACCCACAACUGAGAAUCUUGAUCCGCUGACGCUGCUUACCGAUGACACGACCAUUGCCAUUUGGACGAACGAGGGUCUGCCCAGCGAUCGCAUGUCCAUUGAGAAUGCAACAAUAUUGUCUAACUCGGAUCGCUGGCCACUCAUGAUUGACCCUCAGUUGCAGGGCGUCAAGUGGAUUAAGCAGAAGUAUGGCGAGGAGCUAAAAGUCAUACGGCUGGGUCAACGCAAUUAUUUGGAUAUCAUUGAGAAGUCCAUUAAUACCGGCAUAACGGUGCUGAUCGAGAAUAUCGAUGAGAAUCUAGAUCCCGUUUUGGACUCUUUGCUCGGACGCAAUCUUAUCAAGAAGGGCAAAGCUAUCAAGAUCGGUGACAAGGAGAUCGAGUACAAUUCCACAUUCCGUUUAAUUCUACACACUAAAUUAGCUAAUCCGCACUAUAAACCUGAAAUGCAAGCACAGACCACACUGAUCAAUUUUACUGUCACUCGAGAUGGACUGGAGGAUCAACUGCUCGCCGAAGUUGUGAAGGCCGAACGHCCAGACUUGGAAGACCUGAAAGCCGAGCUAACUAAGCAACAGAACGAUUUUAAGAUUAUGCUGAAGAAACUGGAAGAUGAUCUCCUCUCGCGUCUAUCAUCAGCGGGUGAGAAUAUUUUAGGUGACACCGCAUUAGUGGAGAACCUGGAGACAACCAAAAGCACAGCUUCGGAUAUUGAGGAGAAAGUGGCUGAGGCUAAAAUCACGUCGAAGGAAAUUGAUAAGGCUCGGGAAUACUACAGGCCAGCUGCUGCCCGAGCUAGUCUCUUAUACUUUAUACUUAACGAGCUGAACACCAUCAAUCCGAUCUAUCAGUUUUCAUUGAAGGCUUUUAGUGUAGUGUUCCAAAAGGCCAUAGCCAAGGCUGAACCGAGCGAAACUUUGGCAUUGCGCGUUUCAAAUCUGAUCGAUUGUAUUACGUAUUCGGUCUUUCAGUAUACUUCGCGUGGUCUUUUUGAAUGCGACAAGCUCAUCUUUGCCUCGCAAAUGACUUUUCAGAUACUGCUGAUGAACGAGGAGCUCUCAUCCGCGGAACUGGACUUCCUACUCCGCUUCCCGAUAAAGCCACAUGUGACAAGUCCUGUGGAUUUUUUGAGUAAUCAGUCGUGGGGCGGAAUUUGCAGUCUAGCGUCCAAAGAUGAGUUUCGGAACUUGGAUCGGGACAUUGAGACAUCAUCGAAACGCUGGAAAAAGCUCGUUGAAUCUGAGCUGCCGGAGAAGGAGAAAUUUCCGCAGGAAUGGAAAAAUAAAACCGCCUUGCAGCGUCUCUGCAUGAUCAGAGCUCUGCGACCCGAUCGCAUGACCUAUGCACUAGCUGACUUUAUUGAAGAGAAAUUGGGCUCCAAAUAUGUGGAGAGCCGCGCCAUGGAGUUUGCCAAGUCGUACGAAGAGGCUAGUCCAUCCACGCCCAUCUUCUUUAUACUUUCUCCAGGCGUCAAUCCCCUGAAAGACGUUGAAGCUUUAGGCAAGCAACUGGGCUUCUCCAUGGACCUGGGCAACUUUCACAACGUGUCCCUGGGCCAGGGCCAGGAAUCGAUUGCUGAGGCAGCUAUGGACACGGCAGCCAAAAGUGGCCACUGGGUUGUCCUCCAGAACAUUCACUUGGUGCGCAAGUGGUUACCCAUGCUGGAGAAAAAAUUGGAGCACUAUGCCGAUGGCUCCCAUCCAGACUAUCGCAUGUUCCUGAGCGCAGAACCUGCCUCAACGCCAUCGGCGCAUAUUAUACCACAGGGUAUCUUGGAGUCCUCCAUAAAGAUCACCAAUGAGCCGCCAACGGGUAUGUUGGCCAAUCUGCACAAGGCCUUGGACAAUUUCACGCAAGAAACUCUGGAGAUGUCUGGCAAGGAGGCCGAAUUCAAGGCCAUUCUCUUUUCGCUGUGCUAUUUCCAUGCUGUGGUAGCUGAGCGCCGCAAAUUCGGCGCCCAGGGCUGGAACAAGAUAUAUCCAUUCAAUGUGGGCGACUUGAAUAUCAGCGUAUCAGUGCUGUAUAACUACUUGGAGGCGAAUGCCAAGGUACCGUGGGAGGAUUUGCGUUAUCUAUUCGGCGAGAUUAUGUACGGCGGCCACAUCACUGACGACUGGGACAGACGCUUGUGCAUCACCUAUUUGGAGGAGUAUAUGCAGCCAGAUCUGGUUGACGGCGAGCUGUUCCUGGCGCCCUCCUUUCCCGCCCCACCCAACACGGACUAUGUGGGCUAUCACAACUAUGUGGAUGAAAUGAUGCCAGCCGAGUCGCCCUACCUGUAUGGCCUGCAUCCCAAUGCAGAGGUUGGUUUCCUGACUACCCGAGCAGAGAACAUAUUUCGCACCGUCUUCGAGAUGCAGCCGCGGGAUGCCGGUGCCGGCGGCGGUGCCACAGUAACGCGCGAGGACAAGGUCAAACAGAUUGUGGACGAGAUCAUUGAGAAGCUGCCUGAGGAAUUUAAUAUGGUCGAGAUUAUGAACAAAGUGGAGGAGCGUACGCCCUAUGUGAUUGUGGCGUUCCAGGAAUGCGAGCGCAUGAACUACCUGACCAGCGAAAUGAAACGCAACCUGAAGGAGCUCGAUCUGGGCCUGAAGGGUGAACUGACCAUCACUUCGGACAUGGAGGUGCUCGAGAAUUCGUUGUUUUUGGACCAGGUGCCGCCGAUAUGGACACAACGUGCCUAUCCCUCGCUGCUGGGGCUCAACAAUUGGUUUAUCGAUUUGUGUCUGCGCCUGCGAGAGUUGGAAACAUGGUCCACCGAUUUUGUGCUACCCUCCUGCGUCUGGCUGGCGGGCUUCUUUAAUCCCCAAUCAUUGCUAACGGCCAUCAUGCAGAGCACGGCGCGUCGCAACGAGCUGCCGCUGGACAAGAUGUGCCUGCAGUGUGACGUGACCAAAAAGCAGAAGGAGGAAUUUACUACGGCACCGCGGGACGGUUGCUGUGUGCAUGGCAUCUAUAUGGAGGGCGCCAGAUGGGAUAUACAGCAGGGCAUUAUUAUGGAAUCACGUCUCAAAGAACUAUAUCCCUCAAUGCCAGUGAUCAAUAUUCGAGCCAUUACCCAAGACAAGCAGGACAUGAGGAACAUGUACGAAUGCCCCGUCUACAAGACACGUACCCGUGGCCCAACCUAUGUGUGGACCUUCAAUCUGAAGACCAAGGACAAGCCAGGCAAAUGGACACUGGCGGGCGUUGCUCUGCUUCUGCAGACUUAAGUUUAGUCUUAUCUAUUCGACAACAAUUUAUUUAUUCGAAUAUACUUAUAGUUUUUCCUAAUAUUGUUAGAAUAUUAGAGUAGCAAAUCAAAUUGUAUUCCUCCAUGUAGUGUAAUUUUCAAGCAAAAAACUUCUGUAGAAUAUAACUAAAAGAUUUUGUGACUUUAGUAGAUAUCUCACAUAUUUUUUCAUUAUUCUUAGCACAUGUUUUUUCUCAAAUAAAAUCACUUUCUUCGUAGGAAUGCCUUAGGCGCACUAGC